UUGAUCUCGCUGUUCCCUUUUGUAACAAUAGAAGAAUUAGGCAGCUCCUGCUUUCUCGCGAAACGAGGCUACUCCUGGAUCAUCGCAAGCUUUCCAAUAUCAUAAGGAUACUUGGCUAGAUCAGUUUAAAGUUGAGACGGGCGCGUGCUGAAGCUCGAUCGUUCAAGCAAAGAAAAUGGCCAACGGCAGCGGCGGAGGAGAGCACCGUGUCCAGAUACCAGCCCACGGCGCCGCUGGGUCCGCAGGCAAGGGUGACGCCGCGCCGGAGAAGCAUCUCAACGGCUUCGUACACGCCGUUGCGCUGGUCGAGAGGCUUGGCAAUGCCUUGGGCACGCUGGCCUUCACCUGGGCCACCGUCGUCCUGCUUGGCGGCUACCCCACUGUGCUCGGCCCCGACGAUGACUUCGUGUUUGCGACGGCCAUAGUUUUCCUGGAAGCAACAAGGAUGUUCAGCCGCAAUAAUAGACUGGAUUACCAAUUGUUCUUUAACACCAGGGGUGCUUUUAGACCUCCAGGCUGGAAUGGGCUUGUUCUGAUUGUAUGUUUUUCCAGUGUUCUGGACAUCCUAACGAUAUGCUUUUGGCUUUAUAAGAUGGAAAUGUAUUUGUCGAUGGCAAUACAACUUGUGAUUGGGCGGUUCCUGUCUGAGCUGUGUCCACGAAUUCCAAGACUAGUCAAGUGCAAUUUGCUAUGGCGUACCACAUCGCUAUGGGGCCCUGUAGCUGCAGUCGCAUUACGCGCUCUCUCUACAGUACUUUCUAUCAGACUUGAUAAUAACAGAAUUUACAUAUGGCUUACCAAUGAAUCAAUUGCCGCAUUUAUGUCAUACCUGGUACUGUCGGUGGUUGUGCUCCUACUGGCAAUCAGCAGGCUCAGAUUCCCAGUAAUCAUCAAGCUAGUAGAUACUACUCUUGGCAGUAAAGCGGUAGUUUGGCAUCAAGUCACUCUAAACCUAUGCAUGUUUGCUGCACUAAUGGUGUCGGUGAUUACUACAGUUAGAUCAUCAUACCCAUCAGAUCUGGUGUUCACAACAGAAGCAUAUGCUCUAGUGAUAGUUUCAUUUGGCAACUUACAGAUACCAGCAGCAGUGGUGCGUGUCGUACUCGCACUGUUGCGCCUUACAGCACGGGAUAACUUCCAUGAUGAUCAUCACGAACCAGAAAAGCAAAACAUCGUGCCAUCUCUAGAAAUCUUCUAUAGAAUGGUGCUUGGACAAGGAUUGCUCUAUCUUUUGGCUUGUGCAAUCGAGUUGUUCUCGUUCAUCCCUCGGAGAUCACUUGUCCAUUCUAGUGGAUUAAGAGGUCACUGGGGAGUGGAAUCUGUUAAUAUGUACUAUGCAUAUACCUUGGAGAAUCGCAUGCAAGGGGGUGUGCUUGCCCCGAACAAUAUCCGCCUCAGCAACUUUGUCAUGGAUUCAGUAAACUCAGAUUCAUCCAAGAAACAGCUUUAUGGGAUACGGAUGAUGCACUGCUUUCUGCAAAGGGAGCCAAUCAAUGAGCAGCUACUUUCAAAAUUCACCACUUCUACAAAGACGAUGUCACGAAUAAUCAGAAUGUUGGACUGGAAAAGCUCAAACGAUACAGCUAUCAGAUUAUAUGCUGCAAAGGUCACCGCUGAACUUGCAAAGAACAUCCAUGUUGUCAGUUUCCCCGGUACAAUCCAGCUUGUAUCUGCACUUCUUGACACUAGUGGCAGACCAAAGAGAGGAAAUCCACUUCUGGACACAGAUGAUGUACAGGAUGGAAGACAAGAUCCAUUUCUGAAUACAGAAGAGAGCCAAAAGCAAGGACAUGAUGCAGUAAGGGAUGCGGCUGAUAACCUGCUGGACACACAAACGAGCUCAACCCAACAAGUUGGUAUCGACAAACAGAGCUCCUGCAUCCUCAGAUGCUGGCAGAGAAUCUCAGAAUUCUGGUCAAUUCCCAGGGAGGAGCUGUUGUUAGACCACGAUCUUCAACCUGCACUGGCCAUGUCAAUUAUUGACAAUCUUGCUGGUUGUGAUCAGGAUAACUGUCUGGAAAUCAGCAAAUCAACUGACCUCAUCCCGAAGAUCAUAGGAUUCACAUGCUACAGAACUGACACGACAAUCACCCAGGCACAACAAGAGUUCAUAUUGAAGUCAUCACUGAAGGUUCUGCGAAGACUCACAGGCAUUGGCGGGGAAACUGGCAUAACACUGCGGUACAAGAUAUCAAAACAUCCCUUCAUAUUGAGUAACCUUGCAGAGAUCUUGGGAGACAACAGGAGCAGCCAGGAAUCAAGAAAGUUGGUAGCAGGAAUCCUCAGAAACAUUGCCAUUGAUGAGAACACAAGGCAGGAAAUUGGUCACGUCCAACUAAUCAUUACCAGGCUGGUGCAAGAGUUUCUCAAUGCAGAAGGAACCAUGAGUAGCAAUGCUGGUCACUUGUCACGGAAAGCCGCCGGGCAAGCACUGACAAUGCUGACAAUAGAAAGUGCCCACAACUGCUUGGUUAUGUUGAAGGCACCAGAUUUCAUGAAGGAACUCAAAACUAUGAUACUGAUCCAUGAUGGCAAUUACAUAUAUGUGGCGGCAAGCCUGUUGCGCAAUCUGUGCCUGCACGCUCAACACGAGCUCAGAGAGUCAGACCUAAAAGAGUUAUCUCAUACUUUGCGAGAGGUGUUGGAAAGAAUUACUGACGUGGAAGGGGCAGAACUAGAGACCCUCAUUGGCCUUAGUUCACAGAUUUGUAAAAUCAUUCCUGGACACUUUACCCGAGAACUAGAAGACAGUCAGAUUAAGCAGAGAUUUGCGAGGAAGCUUGUUGAUACACUGAAUGCAAAUAUGAAACCUAGUGCUGAUUAUCCUGGGAUCAGGAGGGUGAUUCUUGAGCAAGUCAUACACUUGAUGGAGUGCAAUUCUCGCUAUGCAGAUUGUUUCAGUGAAUUCAAUAUCACCGAAGCACUAUCGAGGGUAGAACGAACAGUGACAAAGGCUGAGAGCUACAGGCUCUUCUUGGGCGACGAAGGAUUUAUGAAGUACAGUGUGCCUCUCUCUGAUCUUGUGACCAGAGCAAGAGAACUUAUGGGUUGACUGACUACAAGGCAUUGGUAGAUGGUAGUAGAACUUCUACAACACAUUCGGCAUUAGUAGAUGCUAGUAAGAGUCGUUUAACACACUCAAUCUCCUCAUUUCAUGAAAAUAGUUGUAGGUGAUUCUCCAUCUACAAUCGUAGGGAGAUGUUCACUGAAAUGGAGGAAAGGAUACCAAAGUUGAUAUCAAGAAUGCAGGCUGUGGAACAAUCCUGGAAACCGAGUCACAAGGCCAUGAUAUCUCAUAAUUGUAGUCCUACUCUGAGAUGAAUAAUGUUUAAUGUAGUUUGCCUUUGUCGAAUGAAUGGAAAAUCGG